AUGGAACCCCCGUCGGAGUCGCUGGCUCCGCCGGCACUCGCAACGCUUCGCACAUUGGACUCCACCCUCAUGACCCGGUCCAUGAGCCAGGACAUUCGAAACGAGAGAGAAGAGCUUCAGGAAGCUGCUUCCCAGACACUGAACGUCAUUGUCGACCUCAAUCUCGACGGCACCAUCAAGUGGGUGAGUCCUUCGUGGAACGACGUGGUCGGCACCCCCUACGACUCUCUCGACAGCACCCUGCUCUCCGAUCUCAUUGUCAGCGACAACAAGAAUGCCUUCACCGACGUAGUCGAGUCCAUGAAGCGUGAUGACUCCAAGAGCCAUCGCGUGAGAUUCACCAUGCGUUUGGGCCCCCUGUCCAAACUUCGCAGCAAACUCCCUGCCGAGCACGUCACUGCAGAAAACCCCGACCAACAAACCGAUGAACAAACCCCACCAGAGGAACAGGAAGAAUACGCUGAUCUUGAAGCCCAAGGCAUCAUGGUCUAUGACACUGCUUCUGGUGGCGAGAGCCAUACCAUGUGGAUGAUACGUCCGUGGACGCCUCCGCAAGAAAUCCAAAUCGACCUGCCCGAAGUCAUUGUUGACUCCUUGGGCUCAGGUGCCGAGGUGCUGGCUGGCUACCUCACCAGGCUCGCCGAGUCGGCUGAAGAAGACUCGCAACCCCUCGAUCCCCCUCCACCUGUUCUCUGUCGAAUCUGCGAACGCCAGAUCCCCCCAUGGUGGUUCGAGAAGCAUACCGAUCUCUGUCUCCAGGAGCACCGAGCCGAGAUGGAUGUGCAGUUGGCGCAAGAGAGCCUCAAUGAGCACCGCCAUGCUAUCGUCAAAGUCCUCGAUGCUCUCGAGACUCGCCAGAGUCGACUGCUCGAGCCUCAAUUGGCACCGCUCGCUGACUACAAGGGGCUGCCCAUUGGACCGCCCCCGUCCACGCAGUCAUCGCCAAGCCCAUCGCUCGCUCGAUCUCGGGAUCGCACGAGUGGUUUUGGACACUCUAGAGGACGCUCCUUUGCCAUUCGACGGCCCCAGGCAAGAAUCGUCGAAUUGUUGAUGGACCUGUGCGACACGGCCCUCGAAAUCAGCAAUCCCACCAUCAAAGAAUACUCGGCGCACGUCAGCGACGGCGAGAUACGCACACAGUCCCCGCAAUCCGAGUCUCGUAUAUCACAAGUUCUGCAGUGGCAGUCUCCGAGCACCAAUACGCUCGAGCAAGAACAGGGCCUGGCUCUUCUAUGUGCCGAUACGGAAAAGGCUGCUCACAACAAAGUCGAUGCCAUCUUUCGCCACCGCAAGAUUCUCGAAUACUCUGAACGCAUCCGCAUAGAGCUUUCGUGUCUUGUGCAGGAUUGCGUCGAGGAGGCCAUGAGAAAGGCUGCCCGCAUUGCCGCUGGCCAGCUCACAGAUUCAAGUGUCGAUGACACCGAUGAACAGCAACAGCAGCAACAACAGCAACAGCAGGAGCAGCAGCAGCAGCAGCAAGACUAUAGCCAGCAACCCGAACUGGAUGAAGAGAAAGAAGCUACUGGCGAAUCCGAAAGUAAAAGUGUCAUCUCAGAAUCGCGUUCACGUGGCCGAUCGGAGGUUGGCUCUGGCCACCUUGUCAAUAGCCCCUCGGCACUGGCGGCUGCCCUUCGCCAAGUGAACCUGUCGGCUGCUGGACAGGGCGGUUCCCGACCGAGCUCUGUCGUUGGGUCUACUGGCUCUGCCAGCCCCAAGGAGUGCCUCACGCCGAGAUCGUACGCUGGCGGGGCUUCGAACCAGUCUCGAGAUGGCCGACGGGGCUCGUCUCUCUGGCUAGAAAGUGACCCUGGCGACUUGGACCUGAACUAUCGAUCGCCAUCCGUAUCGAGAGCCGCGCACAGAACCGAUUCGCCAAUGUCAGAAUUUAGCGACCUCAGACGUGCUGCCAGUGCCCGCCAACAUCAAAGGCGAAGCCUUGUCCUCCCCGGAACUACGUCUCCUCACCGACAGGAAUCACCGUCUCGUGGCGCCACGCAGCCUUCCUCGCCGCUGAGAAUCAAACCCCGCAUCACUCCCGGCUCCCACGAUGUCAUGAUUUCCCCCGAAGCGUCACCCAUGUUUCCUAGCAGCGAGUUUAGUUCCCCCGUUGCUCAUCCUACACGACACCACAGGCGGCAGUCUUCGGCUGCUAUUUCAGAUUUCGUCAUGCGACCACCUCCAUCUCCUCGUAUGGGAGCCACCCAAGCACCGCCGCAGGCACGGUCUAAUCAGCCAUCAAUCAAGGACUUUGAAAUUAUCAAGCCCAUCAGCAAGGGCGCUUUCGGAAGCGUCUAUCUUUCCAAGAAAAAGUCCACUGGAGAGUACUUUGCCAUCAAGGUGCUAAAGAAGGCAGACAUGGUUGCCAAGAACCAGGUCGGCAACGUCAAGGCAGAGCGAGCCAUAAUGAUGUGGCAGGGUCAGAGUGAAUUCGUCGCGAAGCUUUACUGGACAUUUUCCAGCAAGGACUAUCUAUAUCUGGUCAUGGAGUAUCUCAAUGGUGGUGACUGUGCCUCUUUGAUCAAGAUCUUGGGUGGUCUGCCCGAGGACUGGGUUCAGAAGUACCUCGCUGAAGUCAUCCUCGGUGUCAAACACUUACACGAGCGCGAUAUCAUUCACCGUGACUUGAAGCCAGACAACCUGCUCAUUGACCAAAAAGGACAUUUGAAACUGACUGAUUUCGGCCUCUCCCGGAUGGGCUUGGUAGGCCGUCAAAAACGCGCUCUGAAUAGUGAGGCGAGCGAGACUACGCCUGACCUCCUCAAACAAGGACCCUUCGUGCGGUCGACAUCCAUGGCCUCAUCGCGCUCCACGUCUUUGGACCUCCAAGGCCAUGUUCACUCACCGACUAUGACUCCCCAGAUGACUCCAGAUGUCGGCAGCAUGCCCCAGCCUUCCUACUUCAGCUUGGGCCAGCUGACUGAGCCUCGACGAACUUCAGGAGGACGACGAAGCGAUAGUGGUGGUAGUGAAUCCCUUUCGCAGAUGUUGUCCAGCUUUUCGCUCAACGACUCAGAUCCAGGGGCACAUUUUACGACCAAGUCCCCCGUGGACGAUGAGGCGAUGAUGCACGGGUCGCCCGAUAUGCCAGGCAGUCUGCCUAGUACCAGAGCCAGCCUUGACAGUCAUGCCCGCAAUUCGUCGCUUCCACAGACCAACAUGAUGCCGCCGCCAAUGGCCCUUUUCGACCCACAAGAUACGAACCGGCGAUUCGUCGGCACCCCUGAUUACCUUGCCCCGGAAACGAUCAACGGCGAGAAGCAAGACGAAACGUCCGAUUGGUGGUCCGUUGGCUGCAUUCUAUUUGAGUUUCUUUUUGGCAUCCCUCCAUUUCAUGCCGGCGAGGCUGAGCAAGUGUUUGACAAUAUUCUUGCGCGCAAGAUUCAAUGGCCCGAUGAGGCAGUCUUGGAGACGGUAUCUGAAGAGGCCAAGGAUCUGAUCAAUAAACUGCUUUGCAUUGAUCCUCUCCAGCGCCUGGGCUCCAACCGCGAGGAUAAGUAUGAAUCUGGAGGCGACGAAAUCCGUCACCAUUCAUUCUUUGCGGGCGUCAAUUGGGAAACUCUGCUGGAGGACGAGGCACAGUUCGUUCCCCAACCUGAAAAUCCUGAGGACACGGAAUACUUUGACGCACGAGGAGCUGUGCUACAAUCUUUUGCAGAAGAGAUGGAAGAUCAAAUGUCGCCCCAGUCAGCCGGAGGAUCCGACUACCCCGAUCGACCACACGAUGCGUUGUCGCGUGUCCGGUCGCAGGUCAACUCGAUGAAUCGCAAACUGAUGCCUCUGCACAUCCCUCCUCAUGUACGAGACAUGAAAUCCAGACGUCUCAGUGAGCCUAUGGUCUCAGACGACUUUGGCAACUUUUCAUUCAAGAAUUUGCCGGUGCUCGAAAAGGCCAAUAAGGAUGUCAUCCAAAAGCUACGUGCCGAGGCUCUAGCUGCCCAAAAUAAGCAGUCCUCAAGCAGCGGCUCUGCGGGCGUCGGAUCACCUGCGCCUUCGUUGGAGGGCAGCCCGGUUCUCGCAAAUCACUUGCAUAGAUCGUUGUCUAACGCCAAGGGUAGCAACCGCCCGCAAUCCCCAUCCGGAUUUAGCCAUGCAACCUCGUCGCCUAGCCGGGCUUCUCAGCCCUCUUCGCCACUUCUUGUUUCGUUUGUUGCUGGCGGCGAAGGGCGCCGGAAAGCGUCCAGCAACGCGUCCAGCCUUUCGCAUCAGUCAUCCUCUUUGCAAACGAACGCACCCCCGAUUGACAUUCCAAGAGUACCACCCAGCCUGCAGAAGGCAGCCACGACUGUUGCUGCAUCCCCCAUCAAAGGCAAAGCUCCUUCUCAGCAGUUGGCUAUCUCGCCGCAGAAGCUUUCCACGCCGCGCAACUCUGCCGGACGAUCACGCUCGCUCACUGUUGGCUCCACCGAAUCGAGCCCCGUGGCUACCGACAUGCUUCAUCAGCAUCACCGAAACCGCCGGAGCCAAGUUUUUGACAUGUCACCGUCCUCGUCCGAUAAUGAAGGAGACAGGCACAGUGCACUGCUGCGGGUGCAAAGACGCCGACAAAGCUCACGCCGCCUCUCGCAGAUCGCGUUUGACGGGGGCACCCCGACUUUUAGACCCCUGGAUGUGCUCAUCUGCGAAGACCAUCCUGUGUCCAGAAUGGUCAUGGAAAAGCUGCUUGAGAAGCUUCGGUGCCGUACCAUUUCCGUGUCCAACGGCUCUGAAGCUGUGCGGUAUUCUAUGAGCGAGAUCAAGUUUGACGUCAUUUUUUUGGAGUAUAGGCUGCCCCAGAUAAAUGGCGCCGACGUCGCCAGAAUGAUUCGCGAGACCAAAAACACCAACGCGCACACCCCCAUUGUCGCCAUUACGUCCUACUUGAAGGAGCUACAGGCACCUCAUUACUUUGAUUCGUUGAUCGAGAAGCCUAUUAGCUCCUCGAAGCUGGGCGAAGUGCUUCGUGGACUGUGCCAAUGGCGACCCGAGUCGCCGCAGCGCUCAAGCUCCGGCUCGGCAGCACCCUCUCCGGUGCCUCUCAAUCUCCGCAAGGCGAACUCCAAAGCAGAUGACAGCCCAACAUCAAGCGUCUCGGCGUUUGCUGGACGGCAAGGCUCAGUAAUGAUGUCGAGUCGCGAAGACUCCAUGACGUCCAGCGUUUUUGGUGACUCGGAAUCUGUCAUGACUGAAGAUACUCCCUUUGUCGUCAGUCGCAAGGCUACAGGCGACUGGGAAGAAGGCGGACUGGGGAUUGCUGAAUCCGACAUUCUUGGCGGGCCCGAAGGCUCCGAAGGCUCGCCCAAUGUGCCUCGCCUCACGACGCAACAGUCCGCUCCCGCCCAGAUGGAGCAAGCAAUGCGGUCGUUGGACAAGCUCAAAGCAAAACGUGAAUCUUCAGAGCGCCGAACCUCCGACGGGACCGACUCAGCCGAUGACGAGGAUGAAGAAGCGGGACACCACUCCAAGGAGAAACACCACACACGACGGGGCAGCAAAGCCUUGUCCAAAACACCACUCCCGAGCUCCAAGCUGGGCAUCGAGAUGAUGCGCGCCAACAGCCACGAGAGCAUGAACAUGGGAUCCGAGAGCACGCCGGAGACGGUGACACAGGUGGCCACAACGCCAUCGCACGAGGUGCCGCCCGUCUUGGACGGGCAAGAAGCAGGAGAGCAAGGCACCACCACCACGCCGCCGACAAUCAACCCGGACAGCGAAAAGGAGAACGAGGUCGAUGCCACCCCACGGCCCACGAGCUCGGCAGCCAAUGUCCUCCAUGCUGAAGACGAGCCGACCCCCCGUCCGGUUGGAAAGUAG